GGGAGGGCACGCUUUUAAAGGCGUCACGAGGUGAAAGGGCACGUCAAUGUCCGCCUCUCAAAUGUAAACAGUGCGAUCCGUUUGGAGGACAGCUCAGAGAUAUGAGGCUGUUGUCGAAGGCGGUGCAGUAUGCGGUGCGUCAGAGAGAGUGCAGCCGCAGACACUUCUGGGGAUGGCUCAAUGCAGUUUUUAACAAGGUGGACCACGAGAGGAUCAAAGCGGUCGGCCCGGACCGAGCCGCGGCCGAGUGGCUGCUGAGGUGCGGUGCCAAAGUGAGGUUCCAGGGUUUCGACCGCUGGCAGCACGACUACAACGGGCUGCCAACUGGGCCCCUGGGCAGAUACAAGAUCCAGGCGAUCGACGCCACCGAGUCCUGCAUCAUGUACAAAGGCUUUGACCACCUGGAUGGGUUGAAACAUGUGGAGGAAAUAAAGCUGAAUAAGUGCAUCUACAUUGAGGACGCCUGUCUGGAGAGGCUGAGCUCUAUAGAGAACCUGCAGGAGAGCUUGUACAUGAUGGAGGUGGUUUCCUGUGGAAAUGUGACCGAUAAGGGCAUCAUCACGCUUCACAAACUCAGGAACCUGGAGUAUCUGUUUCUCAGUGAUCUCCCUGGAAUCAAAGACAAGCAGACGACAGUUGGGAGAUUACAGACGGCGCUUCCUCGUCUGGACUUAGUUCUGGACCUGGACUGAAGCUACUUCCUGUUCUGAAUGUGAGGAGACUUGGAGAGAAUCUGCAAAUAAAGUCUGGGAGGAGUAAUUUACCAGAUGUAUAGAAGAGCAACUGUAACAAAAGUAUCGAUGCGAUACGCCCUUAAAUGAACCAACACUUGAUCAUUGUUGCAGAGCACACACAACCUUAUGGCAACAGCAGGAGGGUCUUCCUCACGUAAGUGACGCUGCAGGCCGCCUGUAUGAUGUGUUCCUGCUUCUAAAAAUCAACUUUGAGGACAAAAUGUUCACUUGCUACCUAAUAUAUCACAUCCACCAAUAAUCAGCGUGAAUUAGUGGUCAUAAUGUUAUGGCUGAUCAGAGUAAAACCCUACUUCAAAGAUGCCAUCCAUCUUUUUUUUCCCUUCUCGUUUGCUCCAGGUUUAAAGAAACAGUCCCACAAAGACAAAGGUUAAAGCAGUCGGUUGAUAUCCUGUAGUUUAUUAAAGUUACUCCACAUGUGUGAACACAGAGAAAAGCCAUUUGUGAAAACGUCGAGCGCUUUAAGAGUCGUUUACAUCUUUCAUUUAUUUAUGUUUUUUCCCAGAUCAGUUUGGCAUUUUUUGUAUUUUUUUAUUUAUUUUUUUUAUUUUUGUUAUAAAGUAUCUGAGGACAGACAGAUGGCUGAAAACAUCCUUAGCACCAAAGUUCCAGAGAUAACGACGCUACUGCUACUGAUAAACGGAUAAAUGCUCGAUGGGGUUAAAGGAACGGCCGCGCUCAGUCCUGACGUCAAUAAAUAUCGCCUCCAGAGAUGCUCGUCCUAUUCAUAACUUAAUAAAUGAUCAUUAAUCUUGCUACCAAAGAAAA